AUGCUCACCGAAGACCCAGACAAAACAAAAAUGAACAAAAAAUCACUUGUUGUACCGUUAGGCGUUUCAUUUCAAAUUAAAAUCGACUUAAAGAUAAUCGUAUUGUCGGAUCUUGAAUCCGAUCUUAUGAAUGUUCGUCAAUGUUGCGAAAAAUUAAAUCGGCUGUUUUUACCUGAAGCAGGUUUACAUUUAUUAUUGACCAUUUUAUUCCUAUUCAAUGGAAAUUGGUUUGUUUUCUUGUUAAAUGUUCCAAUGGAUUUGUGGUCUAUUUACAAAUAUUUUAUGCGGCAAAAAUCGCCAGGUCAACUAGGCUAUUAUGAUCCGUUGGAAAUAAAUAACAAUAGAAAGAUAAAAUCGCAUAUGCAAGAACUUCUUGUACGUUUGGCAUUUUAUUUGAUAGGGUUUUUUGUUUAUCUAUUUUUGUUAAUUCAUGCUCUUAUUUGA